GCCAAGUUUUUAGGGGGGUCAACAACUGUUUCUGUGUGGAAAGAGUACGGCAUGUUUGUUGCGUCGUGAUUUUCUAUAUUUCUUGCAUUUAUAAAAUCGAACGGUGUCCACGGAAUUGCAAGCACUCAACAGGUGCAAUUGCUCCUUGGGUCAUGGGUGAAGUCAAAGACUGGAGGCCAUUUGUUUAUGGCGGUUUAGCAUCCAUAACAGCCGAGUUUGGCACUUUUCCGAUCGACACGACAAAGACUCGCCUGCAAAUUCAAGGACAAAAAAUUGAUCAAACAUUUACACAACUGCGAUACCGUGGAAUGACAGAUGCAUUUGUAAAAAUCUCAAGGGAGGAAGGACUGAGAGCAUUAUAUUCUGGCAUUUGGCCAGCGGUGUUGCGGCAAGCGACCUAUGGCACUAUCAAAUUCGGCACCUACUACACACUCAAAAAGCUGGCUAAUGAACGUGGUCUGCUGACGGAUGACGAUGGCAGCGAGCGUGUUUGGAGCAACAUCAUUUGUGCAGCCGGAGCGGGAGCUAUUUCGUCGGCGAUUGCCAAUCCUACCGAUGUACUGAAGGUUCGCAUGCAGGUGCAUGGCAAGGGCACCGAUCAGUUGGGUCUCAUUGGCUGCUUCAGGGAGAUCUACAAAUACGAGGGCGUGCGUGGUCUAUGGCGGGGCGUGGGUCCAACAGCGCAACGAGCGGUUGUAAUUGCAUCCGUGGAACUGCCAGUCUAUGAUUUUUGCAAGCUGCAGCUGAUGAGCGCCUUUGGUGAUCAUGUGGCGAAUCAUUUUAUUUCGAGUUUUAUUGCUAGCCUGGGCAGUGCUGUUGCCUCGACGCCUAUUGAUGUGAUUCGGACGCGUCUGAUGAACCAAAGGCAUGUGACAAUGCUAAAUGGUGGCAUGGCCACUGCGACGGCAUCAGCACAGAAACUCUAUAGCGGAAGUCUCGACUGUGCUGUGCAAACCAUACGCAACGAAGGUAUCCUGGCGCUCUAUAAGGGCUUUAUACCCACCUGGGUGCGCAUGGGCCCUUGGAACAUCAUAUUCUUCAUAACGUACGAGCAACUAAAGAAACAUUAGCAUCCUCGUUGGAAAUCGAAGGACAUCAAGUACAAGGUGUAUUCAGCAUUUGAAACCAAAAAUAUCUAUUUGAUAAUACCUAGAAGACGGUUAGCUAAGAAUCAUAGUGGAAAUCUUUGAAAUCAACCCAGGGAGUAGACACUAAAGUGCCUCUUGCAUAUUGGCUAUCUAAUAGCCACAUUAACUCCUUUACCCAGUGGACAAAAGUGACAACAAUUGAAAUGAUAUAAAUCUUGUUGCACCUAAUUUAUAGUAUUUGCAUUUGACCUAAGGUGUCAUUGACAAGUGGAAUUAAACCCAUGUGUUCCUCUAGUCCCAGAGCCCUUAUGCAAUAACUAGCAUUUCUUUGUUCUCAUCUUAUUCGCAUUUACCUUAAGAACAAAAUGUGACGAAAAUUAGUAUAAUUUAGCUUCGAUUUGGUUUAUUUUUUAUUAUUUUUAAUAGAAAGUUUAGUUUGAAAUUGUAUUACAUCGCGCAUUUCAUUGUAUACAAAUCUGUACUGUAAAUAUGUACAUUAAGAAAUAUAUAAAAACAUGCAUGUAUCAUA